AAUCUUUCUUGGUAACUUAAAAUAGAAAACAAAGCACUCUCUUUCGAAUCCGCUAUUCAAUGAUGUCAAUUCAAACAAUGCCAAGCGCAUCUUAUUUCUUAAUGCUAUUCUAGUUGAGUUAAGCUAGCAUUCUAAUUUUGAAUCGUAUAUGUUUACAAUUGCUUUCGUUUGUGUCUAAAAAAAGUAUUUUGUUUAUAAAAUACAUGGAAGGAAAACGCACAAUGUUUAUUUUUGAUAGAGAAUACCAUUUCCUUUCUUUCCAAGAGAUCCUCAUCAAGAAAACAUGAGAGCCUUGAACUUUUUGUAAGUUGAUUUCUGAAGAUUAAAAAGAACGAGAGCAGCCUUAUAAUUCCGUCCAUACUAGACUCAAUUAAUCAUAAUCAAGUCAAAAACCAUUAGAUAGAUGCUACUGCUCUUAAAUUGUUAUCCUGCUCUUUUUCUUUUCCGAUCAAGCCAGUAUACUUGUAUGGCAUUUAUUUAUAACCACGUUCUUACGCUUUUUUUUCGUGUUCAACCUUGUUUAAACCAAGUCAUUGAGAUUGUUUCAUCACAGCACUCUCACCAGAGAUUCAUGGUCAAGAUACCCGGUGUUUUGUGCUUUCAUAUGACUCGAUAACUGGGAAAGCAGUUGCUCAAGUUGUGCUUAAUAUAGUGUUGUAUAUGAACAAGUGCUCGUGAUCAACUUUAUCGCGAGAAAUAGAAAACGUUAAAUACUCUAAUAUUAUUAAUUAUGCUUUUGUUGUUAUUUCGUCUAUCAGCAAUUAUU